AUGCCGCCUGCUAACGUCGCCGCUCCAGCUUCACUGUCGCCGCUGCCUGCUAACGCCGCCGGCCACACCUCAAUCCCCUCCAUUCGUCACUACCCGUUUUCUCUCUCCUCCCCAUACUCCACAAAACUCCCCUCUAAUGAUCUAUACGAUGCUACGAAGAAGAAGAAAUUGCCGAGGCCAAGUGAAAUUCUAUUCCAACCAAAGGUAGCUAAUUAUUUGGCCAAUCUUGUUGGUACUGUAACAAUGCCCGUUAAAUUCCGCACUUCUAUUGAUGGAAAAUCGUGGGCUUCCACUCUUAUUUCUCACCAACGUCCGCCUUUCUUUAAUCAGUCUUCUCUAUGGCUUAGCAUAUAUCUUAAAAGUGUAACUUAUCAGCAAAUUCAGUGGAGUAAAGUGCUGGUGUUAGAAAUGAUUCCAGUGAAUGUUUUGGCGUUAUUAUUAGCCGUGUUUGAUGCUGUGUACUCCAUUGCUUUGAUGAACUUUAUUUGCACUUUUCAACCAUUCUGUUGCUUGUCAUUAUCUCCAAUAAUGCUUGACUGGGUAGAAAUCUUCAACUGUUUAUAUCUUCAUGUCUCCAGGGGUUGUGUGGAGAAUUGUCAGGAGACGGGUUGUGUUGGAAGUCAACAAUGCUUUCAGGAUUGCAUAUUCACCGCUGAUGGUAACAUUUCUGAUGGUCGGUGGUACCUCCAAGAACCUCUCUAUCUGAAAUGGAAACAAUGGGAUUGCCACAGUGAUUGCCGCUACUAUUGUAUGCUUGCAAGGGAGGAGGAAAGAAGAAAGCUCGGCGAGAAGCCUGUCAAGUAUCACGGAAGAUGGCCUUUUCGUCGUGUUUAUGGAAUUCAGGAACCUGUUUCUGUUUCUUUUUCUGCACUCAAUCUUACUAUACAAUUUCAUGGUUGGAUAUCUUUCUUCAUUCUUGUCAACUACAAGCUGCCUUUGACGGAUAAUCGAAAGAGGUACUAUGAAUAUUCUGGCCUUUGGCAUAUCUAUGGUGUCCUAGCAAUGAACUGUUGGUUCUGGGCUCCAGUUUUCCACAGCCGGUAA